UGAUUAGUGUAUUACAGUAAUAAAAAAAUGUAUAGAUUAGCAUAAAAGGGAAAAGCAGAGGAGAUCACGUAACUCAAAGGAUUCAAUUCUUUUAGAUCAAAUCAAACACUGUUGACGGCCGGUACAACCGCCACCACCACUCUUUAUAACUACCGCCACCAUCACCUCACUCUUAACGUACCUUUCACUUCCCCGUCUCCUUCUCCGUCACCAAACGAUCAUAUAUAUUUGGAACCGCAAUUUCUAGGGUUGAUCAGUUGUUAUAUGUAACUCAGAAAGUUAGCUUUUGAAUACUGGGAAAGAAGAUUGGCUGUUUUAAAAUCCUGUGAAAAAGAAGAAUCAUGAGUACUCAACUUUUGGAAAUCCAACCCAAGGAACUCAAAUUCAUAUUUGAAUUGAAGAAGCAGAGUACAUGUGCAGUUCGGCUUACCAAUAACACUUACCAUAAUGUUGCUUUCAAGGUUAAGACUACUUCCCCUAAGAAAUAUUGCGUUCGACCAAAUGUUGGCGUUAUCUCGCCAAAAUCAACCUGUGAAUUUACUGUUACAAUGCAAGCCCCAAAGGCAGUUCCAGUUGAUAUGGUUUGCAAAGACAAGUUCUUAAUCCAAAGCACUGUUGUUCCUAUUGGGACAACUGACAAUGAUAUAACACCUAAUAUGUUUAGCAGAGAUGAUGGCAAGCACUUUGAAGAGGUCAAGCUGAGAGUAGCAUUCAUGAGCCCUCCUGAAUCUCCCGUAUUGUCUCCAAUUAAUGGGGUUCUUAACCAGGGACCUUUUUUUGAGCCUCCUGUUCUGAGAGACCCAGGAUUGAAUAAAUUUGAGAAUAGCACUCCACCACACCCAGCUGCUGAGAAUGUAGAAAUUAGAAAGAUUUACAAUUGGGAAUCUGAAAUGGAAAAGAAUGUGGAGCUGAAGUCGAAGAAGAAUGAUACGGAUUUUCUGGAGUCAAAGCCUGCAAAGGACACAGACUUUAUGUCUAUUAGCGAUACAGUUAGUUUAGAGGAGUUGAGGUAUGAAGAGUUAAAACCAGAAAAAGUUGCCACUAGUGUUAAAUUGGCAAAGGCUCCAGAGUCUCCUCCACCAAUAAUUAGAGUUAAGGAUGCCGUAAUUGAUAAACUUGAAAAGGAAUUAGAAUUUGCUCCUCAAGUGAAUCCUGUGAUUGGCGUCACAAAUGUUAGGUCAGGAAAUGAUUCCGAGCUCCCUCUAGCAAAGAAUGCAGUAAAAGAUGCCUUAGAUGAGAAGCUGGCAAAGGAGAUAGAUGUCCUUGUUCCGGAGAAUGACGAUAAGGAUGAAGAUUUUGUAGUCGUAAAGCCUACAAAUGAGCUAAAGAUAGUUAGUGACAUUGAGGAGAUGAAAUCUAAACUGAAUGUACUUGAAUCAAAGCUAAAUGAGGCGGAAUCAACCAUUUCAAAAUUGACGGAGGAGAGGAGACUAAGCAUUCAGGAGAGACAAUCGUUGCAGGAAGAACUGGCGGUGUUGAGGAGUAGGACAAUUAAAAAAGUACAAGUGGGAUUUCCUCUUCUUUUUGUUGUUAUGGUGGCACUUAUCAGUAUAUUUCUUGGAUACAUUUCACAAUGCUGAACAUGACAUCCUAUGAGAGUUUACUAAUGUUUGUUAGUAGUUAGAACUUCAAGGUAUAUGCUCCAGUUAUUCGGGGAAUAGCUUCGGGAUCAACGUCUUUUCUGACAGUUAUCGGUUUUUACUUUUUAGCAGGUUGAAAGUAUACAGGAGCUGAAAACAUUGAAUGUAAAAAUGGUGGUUUAUGAUUGAAAGAGAAUAGAAAUUGUUAUUGGAAGUAAAUAGUUAAAUAAGUAGUACUUUUUAAAUAUCA